AUGGCCGAUCAAUUACCCCUGACCUCCUCCAGGUCUUCUGAUGUCACAGUAGAAGGACAAUCGCGACCCUCUAAGACAACGAUACCCAAUUUUGGCCAUCACCAAGAUCUUGCCGCGUUGGACAAUAUAGAAUUGACCCCACCAUUCCCUAGGCAGCAUACCGAUUCUUUCAAAACUGGACGGCUCCAAAACCGCAUAGCUUCAUGGUACCUCAGGAAUGAUGGACCUUGGACACCUGCCGGUCUAGGUUCUUCUCAGACCAACCUUAGGGCCCAGUUGAUUCUGGGCAAUUUACGAGGCAAUUCGCUUCCGUAUUUCCAGGAGAAUAUAGUGCCAUCCGAAUGUGAUACAGUUCCGACAGGAGCAAUACCUUCUGAUUCUGGAUAUGGUGGAAGCUAUGGAGCCAAGCACAGCGUUGGCAAUGGCUCAGUCUGUGACGAGUCACUUGAUCGGAACCCAGAGACCCAAAGCUUGAUUGGACACAUAGAUUAUUUGAAAUUCCAUUCUUUCGGCCCGGAUUUAGUGUCCAAGAGCGGAGUGGCCCUAGGAACUCCAUGGCCUCAAUCAGUAGCACCCCCUUCGUCGUCGUCAUCAGUCAUUGACCACCAAAUCAAUUUCGAUGGAGGUCACAUGUGUGAAUUAUGUGACAAGAUACUAAAGACAAAGUCCGAACUCAAGAAACAUAGGCAGAGGCAUGAAAAGCCCUUCAAGUGCGAUGUAAAAGACUGUACUCGCCGUGAGGGUUUCAGUACGCCGAAUGAUCUUUCUAGACACAAAAGAAGCCUACACCCACGCGAGUAUGCAGCUGGUAGCCGUUUCAUAUGUCCUUUCGGCGCCUGCAAAAGCAAAGACAAGAUAUGGCCUCGAGCGGAUAACUUUCGUGCUCACAUGAAGCGCGUCCAUCUAGAAGAGAUAACAGCAGACGAUGAUCUGGAAAAAUACAAAUUUGAUCCAAUCCAUCCGUCUAAGGAAAAUUCCGACCCAACCCCUGAAAGCACAACCGCUGAAUUCGGCCAAUUCAAUGCUCUCCUCACAAACAACACCAGCUGCGCUUCAGAAAGCUGGCCGUUACCCCGGAGUCCCGUUAUUGAUUUGUCCUCUAAACCAAGCCCAAUCGAGGGACCAAGCCAAGUCGGAGCGAGAAGCACUUGUCAGUUAGUGGACAAAUCUCAUGAUUUGCGUCACUUGUACUUACCCAACGAUGCUGCUACACAUGAGACACGCCCACACAGUGGCAGCUUGUUGCCUGACAAACAAACAAGUCCAACUAGACCAACCCCAGAAGAAAUUGGUCUCGUAGGGUCGCAGCAUUUACAUGAUAUAGAUGUCGGCCUUCUUUCUCAGAAGUCGAGUGCAACCAUUGGUAAUGGCAUGGAGCUUUCGAAUUAUGACAAGCAUGAUAGGCUUAGUGAGCCUCGAGACCAUCCCGGAGUUUCUUUACUUGAAAACCAGCCGAACAGACACUUAGAAGGGCUAGCUGAACCCAGCGAGAAAGAUUUUGCGCCGCCUCAACCUAGGGGCCUUGAUAUAGAAGGUUUCUCGCCCAUGACAGUAGACUUGAGGAACCGCGAUACGAUACAGCAUUUGCUCGAGACUCUUCAUGGUCAAGGUGUGCUCCAGGAAUUCGGAUACAAGAAGGAAGCGCUACCUGAACCAGAGAAUACAAAGAAAGAUUCAGUUGCCAGCAAUGCUUCUGAGCAGACUCACACAUGCUCAGAGUGUCCCAAAAGGUUUAAUCGACUGUGCGAACUAAGAAAGCACCAGAAACGGCAUUCGAAGCCAUACGCUUGCACAUUCCUAGGUUGUGCCAAAAAGUUCGGCAGUAAAAAUGAUUGGAAGCGUCAUGAAAACAGCCAGCAUCUUCUGUCAGAGCUUUGGAGAUGCGAUCAGAAGCAAGCGGAUACAGCCUCAGAGGACUGCGCGAAGUUCUUCCCCCGGCGAGAGCUAUUUAAACAACAUCUUGCUAUUUGCCAUGAUAUCAAGGACCAGGCAGUCAUAGACGACAAGUUAGAAAUAUGUCGCGUAGGAAGAAAUUAUGAGGUUCGUUUCUGGUGCGGAUUCUGCCAAAAGAUCAUCGAAAUCAAGAAAGAGGGCUCACACGCCGUGACUGAGCGAUUCAACCACAUUGACGACCAUUUCCACGGCCGAAAUGAUCAAGCCCAAAAAGAAAUUACCGACUGGAAGAACGAAUACCCACUCUGUAUUGAGGCCGAGUCGCUUAAUAAUGACUCUGAAGACUCCUGCGCUACUUCGGUGACGCUGGCUCCAUCAGUCACCAGCUCUAAUAUCCAUGACCAUGUGGGACUCACGAAACAGCACGCUAAAGCCAAGCGGAAGAGGGAUGACAGAUCCGAUGAAUUCACCCCAAAGCGUGUCGAGACGAUAGUGGAGAUGCCUAGGUCUCAUUGCGUAAGCGAUUCCUUUCCUUGCUAGAGGCGAAGUUACUAAUCUGUGAAGUGUCAAUGCCGCGAGACUAUGCCUGUGACAAGCAGGCAGUGUACCAAUUAUCCUUGCGAUCAUAGGUUAUGUGAUGAUUGCUACUAAUGCUACGAAUGCCAUGUGACGUUG